AUGACUGUUCGCCGCCCCGCGGAACAGAAAUGGCUGAUUAGCAAAAGGCUGACACAGGAGAAGAUGGAUACUAUCCGGAGAGACUGGGGAUGGGGGAAAGGUAUGACUGUGGGUCUCGAGGGUGGUAUAAGACAUGAUCUUAUGUUCACGCUUGCCCCUAUUUCAAUGCAGAGUCUGGCCCCCGGUGGAUGGUUAGAUGAUCGGAUCAUCUACACAUACAUGUGGCUGUUACGUGAUCGGGAGGAAGCAAUUGCUGCAGAGGGCAUUCACACCAGGGAGCCUACGUACUACUUCAUGGAUCCCUUCUUCGUCCCGUUGGCCAUGGAAUUGGACUACAAAAAAAUGACGGAGAGGGUGAAGCACUUUUAUUUGAAGUGGGGAAGUUGUGGGAUUGGUCCACCAAUCAACCAGGUGGACUACAUAUUUGUUCCCGCAAAUGUCAAUAACAAUCACUGGAUUCUCAUGGUCUUUGCUGUGAAGAAGUGGGCUAUCAUGGUUCUCGAUCCUUUGAACGAUAAGGCUGAAUAUCCAGACGAAAAAGAAGCAAUGGUCGGUGUACUUGGAGGGAUGCUUCGUUUUCUUGCCAAGGGUCAAAAGUUCCCGCAAGAGGACCCUCUAGUUCAUGUUUGGGAUGAAAUGCCGAAGCAGCAAAAUCAUUUUGAUUGCGGGGUCUUCGUCUGCAAGUACAUGUACUACACCUUGCAAGGUUAUGACCUCUCCACCUUGACGUGGGAUACUUCGGAUGUUGACCUAUUCCGCUUUAGGAUUGCCAAAGAGCUUCAGAAAGGGAGAGCGAGGCGAAUCCCUAGUCAUCUUAUGCGGCAAAGGCUAGAAGGAGCCAAGGAAUAG